UUCUUCGCUUCAUGGUUGGUCAAAAACGGAAUCUUUGAAUAUUGAAAUUAAUGUCUUAGCAAACUCAGAGUUUUCAGAGACCUUAACCUUAAGUUCACUUAAUCUUGAAAUUUAGAGUUGUCUUAAUUGAUUAUUUUGGAAAAUCUUGAAGCGCCGGUGACAUGAGAGAGAGAGAGAGAGAGAGAGAGAGAGAGAGAGAGAUUAGGCCUUUGUGCGCUUCAGGUUCAUAUUCGCACAGAAAUUUCCUUUUUCUUUCUACUUGUUCAAUACAAUAUAUAUAAUUGUUUCUGGGUCUUCUUAUAAAGCAUUUACAAUUUCUAUCUUGAACAUCAGCCUGGGCAUUUGUUUUGUUGCUGUGCUUAAGUUGAUCAAAUUGAUGUUUGGAACUCCUGUUUAGGGGUUGGAUCCUCACCUAGUGGCAUGGGGAAUGGUUGUUUCAGUAAAUGUCUUAAUUCAGCUGAUUGUUUGUGUAAGUAAAGGAAUGGUUGGCACACAAGAACAAAUGGCCUUUAAAGUGUUUCUAUUUUGAACAUCAGCCUGAGUUGUUUGCAUUUCCAGUUCAAAGGGUCCUAUUUUCUUGCUCUUACAUCAUUUUCCCAAGGUGCUAAGUUGAUAAAGUUGAUUUUUGGAACUUCUCGGUCCUUAUCUAGUAUGUGGGAACACUAGUAAUGUGGAAUGUGCAGUUUAUGAUCAGUCAAAAUUGGCUUAAUAUAUUCUAAAUGUCUCUGGACAAUGCUUUUUUAUUUAUUUAUGUGAUUUCAACUCCUCAAUGGGUUUAACAUUUAGUCGUAUGGUGGUAGCUAGAUUGGAUGUGGACAAAAAAAAAAGAGAAGCAUUUGAGAGAGCCUGAAGUAGGUCAUUUUAGAGCCCAAGGUGUGCCCAUGAAAAGGAAGCUCAGGGAGUUUCCAGUGACUGAGGAUGCUCUUCUUCCUGUCGGAACGACACUAGAUAUCCGCCAUUUUGUUCCAGGCAAACAUGUUGAUGUAACCGGAAUUACAAAAGGGAAGGGGUUUCAGGGUGGCAUGAAAAGGUGGGGAUUCAAAGGUAUGCCUGCAUCACAUGGUCAAUCAUUAUCACACCCAAGUAUUGGCUCUACUGGUAAUAGGGCAGGGAAAAGCAGAAGACGAGGACGAGGACGAGGACGAGGACCCAACACAAUUGGAACCUAUAGUAGCUGAUUAUGGUGAUAUAGACCCCUUCAUGGCAGCAGAUUGAGGGCAAGCUUUGGUGCAUGUGAUUUUUUGAUUCGGUUUGGACUUUUGAAGAAUGAGAGCAAGCUUCAAUGAAGAGGGCCAUUUUGAAAUGGUGGUUUUAUGAAGGGUUAAUAGUGUUUUAUGUCGAGAACUUUCAGCAUUUUCUAUAAAAUGUUUCGAACUUUUAUUUUCUCCUAAUAAACACCGAACUUUUAGUUUUU